UUGGUCCUGAAAAUUUCUCGCAUUGCAACGCCUAUGGUGUGUUUCUUGGCAAGCGGAGACAGUAAGGGAGAGAUUCGAGUUUCAGAACAGGAGCUCUCUGGUGAUUUUUCUGAAGCUAACCCAAUAAGCAGAUUAUGGCAAAGCGUGAGCUUUCAAACACCUUGAGGAACUUGAAGUUCAUGCAAAGAGCUGCUCAGAGAGAGGAGAAACCCAAGAAAGAAGAAGACGUUAAGCCUGAUGGGAAUUUCUUUUCCCCUGGUGCCGUUAAUAAAAAAUGUGUUGUCAUAAUGGAAGGGGAUCCUCUCCCGGGAGCAACUAUGGGCCGUAUGUCGUUUCAGAGUUUCAAUCCUUCUAUUGAUAAACUGAAUGAAGCAGGAAACACUCACAAGCCUGAAGCACCUGCCACUUCUUCUGACAACCAGAGUGGAAAGUUCUCUUUUAGAGAAAAUGGGCCCUCAAAUGGAGCUGAAUGCCCAAAUGUCGAUGAUAAAUUAAAUUACGAGGCUGAUGGAGAUCUCAAAAGAAAACAGCCUGAAGAGGUGUCAGAAAAGGAUCUGCCAAAUGAAUCCCCUAAAACUGUUGUAGGUGGUCAGCAUUCGUCGCCACUUAACAAUAAAGCCUCCUUCAAGCAACCAAAGCGUGAAAAGCUGGAUUGGAAUGUUCUUAGACCGUCAAAGGGUAAAAACAGAAGAGAGUGAGCAUGAGUAGGCUUAUUUCACAAUUUGGGAGUUCAAAAAACUCCAUGCUGUCUGUGAACGUAGGGACAUGGAUUUCUCGCAUCACUUCAAGCCUUGCUGCGUCUAGUUUCAUCAGGUGAUUUCUAGAUGUUCUUUCGUUUUUUUGGAGAUUGUAUAAGUUUUUUUUUUUUACCGUGUUUGUGCUUACAACUGCCUUUUUCUUCACUAAACUCUUCCACAAUGGUUGGAAGGACUCGUAGGAUUAUAUAAGGGUGUGAAAAGAGUACAUUCAUAUGGCAUCCAUUCUCGAACUGUACCAUCUUUUCUGUCUUCAUGGAUGCUAUUGUGACUUAAUUUUGUUUACUGAAUGAGAAUUUGUAGCGGGAUCAUUUACCUGUUAUGGUCAAAAGCACAUAUGCUGCGCCCUGAGUAUUCUCUUAAAUAACA